UUAAAAUUGUCAAACCUCAGUCAUCAUGGCUAUUAUAACUUUACUGCUGUUGAGUGUUGUUGGAUCUGCAUUUUGUCAUGGCCCAUAUGGUGGUGGAGGCGAUGGAUGGUAUGGUGGUGGUGGUGGUGGCGGAGGACUUGGAUCUGGCGGCAGUGGUGGACUAUUGUUAUUAGGCGGAGGAUUAGGCGGAGGCGGAGGAGGAGGAGGAGGAGGUGGAGGAGGAAAGAAAGGUAGUCAAGUAUGGUGUACCUGUCGUAAAGGACAAUGUUUAAAAGGAGAAUUUGUUUUGGACAAGUAUUGCAGACUAACACCCUUAUUCCCAGGGAAAUGGACUACAUGCUGUAAGGUGUUACCAAACAGUGUAACUAGUCAAAGUUACGGUGGAAGUGGUGGUGCUGGAUUCGGCGGCGGUGCUGGUAUCGGUGGCGGUACUGUUAUUGUAGUUGGAUCUGGAGCUGGUGGAGGAUCUGGUGGGGGAUCUGGAGGGUCCAGUGGAGGAUAUGGAUAUGGUGGAGGACCUGUAUAUGGAGGAGGAUCUGGAUAUGGAGGUGGAUCUGGGUACGGAGGUGGAUCUGGAUAUGGAGGCACAAAAGAAAGUACAUACUAAACAAGAUUCGUCUAACAGGUUUUCAGCAAAUGAAUGUGUUUUCUGAUAUAUGUAAAAACAAUUAAAAAAUAUUCAUGCACAA